AUUUCGUUUAAUGAAUGAAUUUUGUAGUGAAAUAUCAAUGCAUUUAUAAAAAUAAGUUUUUUUUAUUGUCUUUCUCUCACUGUUUGUAAAGUAAUUGUGGUUUGCCUUCAAAAUAAUGAUCAGAUUAUCGCAAAAAAUCAAAGAAAAACAAUCGGAAGAAAACAAUAAUCAACGGAAGAGACCAUUGAUUAGAGACACUCUUCUGCUGAAAGAGGUGCAAGAGAUGGAGAGACAGAUGCCGGACACGUGUUAUGUGGUGUUUCCCAACGCCAACGAGUUGUUCAGAUUUGAUCUCUGCAUCACUCCUUCUGGAGACGAGUGCUUUUGGUCCGGAGGAAGGUUUUGGUUCGCCAUCGAUGUGCCCAAAGAGUACAAUAUUCUG